AUGGCACCUGGCAGUACGGAUCCCGCUUUUGCGGGUGCAGUGCAUAUUCAAGAUCCAAUCCUAGCUCGGUAUUCACCUUCAGCCCUCCUUAGACCAGAGCUGGAUCCGGCCAUUAGUAAUUACAUCAACACGACCACUACAGAGCCCUUCGGCGACCCAUCCGCUCCACUGGGCUUCCGGCUCGGAAACGGAGGCGCAGGCUAUACCGGCAUACUCAAAAUCCUCUCUGAAGCAUUCAUUGCCCACAAAUGCCACGCCACCGCAACACCACCUUUCCACAUCGAAUGGGUCGCUAAUCAUAGCAGACAUACUGAGGUCGCUUUGCUAGCUGGUAUUGUGCAAGUCGCACUCACCUACGAGCCCGACUGGGAAGACCAAGGAAUUCGCGAGGGCUGGGCGAAACGUGUCACGCGGGUGUUCAAUGACAGAUUCAUACUUGUAGGACCAACUUCCGAUCCUGCUGGAGUCUUGGAUGUCUCGAAAAGCGAAAAUUGUGGUAAUCUGGCUAUCUAUUUUGCUCUCCGCGCUAUCGCGCAACAUGGCCGCCAGGCCAAAUUAAUCACGACACACCACCGCGGCGACGGCUCAGCAACAUCCUACAAAGAACUCCAACUUUGGGGUCUGAGCGGCAUCGACCUAAGCACCUCAGCAUCGUGGCGCGAACGGGUCCCACUAGCACCAUACCCAACGCUUGUCCACGCAAGUAAAGUAGGAGUCUACAUUCUUACUGAUCGAGCUACUUAUCUCUGUGCCAAGCGUGAUGGAGUCGUCCCUGAGACGAGAGCUUUCGUGGAUGAAGGAAAGCAUCUAUUAAACCCGUGUUCGGCAUUGGUCAAUCUAAAGGCACCGAGGAACGAGCUGGCGUGGGAGUUUGCUGAGUGGCUUGGUGGUGAGCAGGCUCAGAAGUUGAUUCGAGAGUUCGGAACGGGCUGGAGGACUGGGCUACCUGUUUUUGCCGCGAAGGACAGAGAGAAAGUUGAUGCAGUGAGGUUUGGGCUUGUCAAGGCCAGGUUAUGA